CCCAAAAUUUCUCUCCCAAAAACUCGUAGUACGAUUCUUCAGAAAAACGCACAGAAAGGGAUUUGGUAGAAAUCAGAAAGCGAGAUCGGGAAGCCGUCGAAGAAGUGGGAAGGGCGAGCAACAGCCGAGAGCUGCAAAGGAGACAACGUCAGAAAUGUCGACCUUCUUGCAAUCUUUUCUGGAUCCACGGAAGAACUGGUUCGCCAGGCAGCACAUGAACGCGAUCUCGACCCGCCUAAAGAAAUACGGUCUGAGGUACGACGAUCUGUACGAUCCCUACUUCGAUUUGGAUGUGAAGGAGGCGCUUAAUCGGCUUCCUAGGGAGAUCAUUGACGCUCGCAACCAGCGCCUCAAGCGCGCCAUGGACCUCUCCAUGAAGCACGAGUACCUCCCCGCGGACCUUCAGGCAAUGCAAACACCAUUCAGGAGCUACCUCAAGGACAUGCUGGCUCUGGUGAAGAAGGAGAAUGCAGAACGUGAGGCUCUGGGAGCCCUGCCUCUCUACCAGCGCACAAUUCCAUAAGCUGCUCAGUUCUUCAGGUGCUUAUCGAAAUGGAUUUCUUGUUCAUUCCAAUCCGCAUCCAGUAGAUGUCCAAUACAUAUCUCGGGGAUGGUGGUUGAUAUAUUUUUGAAACGUUUUACGUACUCCAAACUGGAUAGUUGCUACGUAUUGAAUUUUCUGUACCGUCAGUUUUCUAAUAAUCGCAGAUGAGACUGUUUUGAAUUUCUGGUUCUUCCGCAGUCAAUAAAAACCUUCAUUGCCUCUCAUUUAGCAAUGAUGUUUGUGCAAACUAAGACUUGU